AUGGGAUCCAAAAAGAACAUUUAUGAUGUCUACUAUAUCCAUUCUAGUGAUGUCUCCUCAAAUAUACCAAGAUUCCCUUCGACAGGAAUGAUUUCAACCACUGGAAAAGUAGUUGUCGAUCAAUUAUUAUUUAGUCCAUGGUUGAUCAAUUGUAACUUUGCCGCCGUUCAAUUCUUCCGUAAUGGUGGUAAAUUCGAUCUUGAUCUACAUAAAGAGAAAUUGGAAAGAGAUUUUUUUAGUACAGUUAAACAAGCUUGGACUAUUUGGCCAGUUGCAAAUUUCAUUAUAUUUUCUAUUAUUCCUUAUAACUAUAGAAUGGGUGCUGGUAACCUUGUCACUGCAUAUUGGAGUGGUUAUUUAUCAUCCAUGUCAAACAAAACACAAUCCCCACCAUCAUCAACUACGCCAACACAACAACAAUCUACUAUAACUACACCUAAUAAUAUUACAACUACUACUACUACUACGACCACCGCUGCGACUGUAACACCAACUUCUCUUUAA